UAGUAGAUGCGUACUUCAGUCCACUUGAUCGACGAUCACGGAGCAGUCGACAACGAACUUAUUCCUUCCGUGCUGUUCAUCGAGAAUCGUCAUUUGUCGCGUAGUAUUUAGUACACUGUGAGAUAGAUACAGUACUAUACAAGAAAAAUGAGCGGACGAAAUCUUUUAAAAAUAACGGAGGCACUGAAACAAGUGGCGAAGAUGUCGACAGUCGUCAGGUCACCGGGUCCGCCGAGAAUUUGGGACGUGAUCGAGAAAACGGGCAAAGACGGACGACCGAUCAAGUUCACGAUCCAGGAGAUCCCUGAGGAUAGAAGCGAAGAAGCAGUUGACCAUAUGUGCACACAUUUUCUAGCGGAUGAACCGACAUGCGCGUGUUUCAACGCUAUAAAUACGCCUAUAUUCGUAGAAGAAUGUAGGACAUUAUGGCGUGGUCUAAUGGAACAACGCAUGGCUAUAGCCGCUUUCGUUGAUAAUCCCAAAGGAGGGAAACCUAUAAUAGCCGGUAUGAACGUGCUAUCCAUUGAGUUUAAGGAGAACGCAGAAAAGAAAUUACACUUCCAAUCAAAGUUCGGCAUUACGUACAAGGUCAUGUCGGAUCUAACUAAGCAACUUCAAUUGUACGAACGUUACGGAGUAGAAAAAUACAUGUUCGCCGUUGGACUUAGCGUAGCGCCCGCUUUUCGAGGAUACGGACUGGGCACAGACCUUCUAAAAACUAGAGAUAAAAUUGGACGCGAGUACAAUAUUCGGAUGACAUCUACUGCAUUUACCUCGCCGUUCUCUAAAAAAUCGGCGGAGCGUGCGGGAUUCGAGCUACUACUGUCAAGAGAUUACACCGAUUUAGUGGAUGAAAAUGGAAAGGAGUACUUCCCUGGUAUACAAAAAUUCUCCAACACUAUAGUGAUCAUGGCAAAAAGAAUAUAGUAAGGUGAGUCUCCCGCAUGCGCGAGACAAUAAUAACGAGAUGCUCAAUAAUAACUUUUCCUGAUCUAGAAUAAUUUUUACUGCAAGUACGAGCAGAAUAAUUUUUACUAUAAAGAAAUUCCAUAUAUUUUAUCUCAAUAAUGUCGUUAAAACAGUGAUCUCUCCCCCAAAAUUUUGUCAACGAUUGUUUUAUAAUUCAUAUAUAAACAUUCUUUCCUCGUUGAGUUGAGCAGUUCAUUUAAUCAUAUUAUAUGCUUGCUUUUUGAUUUAUUAAGAAAAAUAUAUUUUAUCCACAUAUGAUAGACGUUCAAACUGAAUUGAUGGUUAUACACGUAUCGUUAAUAUCGCUAAUCUAUAAUAGCAUUUAAAUAAAUUAUUUCAUUCUUGGAUAAUUUUAUGUAAAAUGCUAUACAAAAUACAGUGAAAUUAUGUAAAGUAGUGUUGUAAUAUCGAAAAUAAAAAAAAAGUUUCACGGCUUGAGAAAA